AUGACAGAAGCAUUAACCCGGCUUCAUAUCACCCCUCUCACCCCAGAGAUUCUGCCGUCGGUGCUACCCGCCUCCCUCCGACAGUCGGCGACAGAUAUCUCCUUCCAUUCCAUCCCCACGUUCCUCGAGAACAGCUACGGCUACGUCACAUUACCAGCCAUGGAGGCAGAGAAGAUCAAGAAGAAGUUUAAUGGCUCGAUUCUAAAGGGCAAAAAGUUCAAGGUCGAGACAGCUCGGCCGCAAAAAAGACACCGACCGGACGAAGAGGCCGGGGCGGAAAAUGACUCGAAGAAAUCCAAGAAGCGCAAGUCGGAGGAUGGGGUAUUGGAUGGGAUUGAGCUGCCCGCAGACCGCAAGGUGAAACGAGGCUGGACGGAAUCAAGCACUGCGAAGAAGGAACGACGGAUGGCCGAGAAAGACAAGGAGAAGAAAAAGAGCAGCAAAGACAAGAAGGACAAGACGCAGGCCAAGUCCAAGUACACUGAGAAGCCAGAGUGCCUAUUCCGCACGAAAAUCCCACCUAAUCGAUCUGGCGAUGAUGCGGUCGACGGCAAGAAGGCCAAGAAAAGGAAGCAGUCCUCGCAGGAAUCGGUUGUCCAUGAGUUUGCCAAGACGGUCGCCCAGCCUAGUUUCUUGCGAGAUGCAAAGGAGAGUGCAGCGCCUACGGCUACAUUUGAGGAGGGAAAGGGCUGGGUGGAUGCAACGGGGGAGGUGAAAGAGCCCGCCAGCGAGAAGAUCAGGAAGGCCAAUUAUCAGCCGGGCAAGGUUGCAGGUGCUAAAGAGAAACGGAGUGCCGGCUCAAGCAAGAGCAAAAAGAAGACCCCAGCCAAAUCAGAGCCAUCUGAGGAGUCAUCUUCUGAAGACUGGACCUCCUCCAGUGGCUCAUCGGAUGAGAGCCCUGACUCGGAAAGCGAAGAUGAUACGCCUAGCUCAUCCAAUGCGUCGUCGGCAUCUGCUGCAGGGGAGACAAAUGCGAAGCCUGCUGUGUCUUCCAAGCAGGAUGUAGCCGGCGCUACGGAGACUACUCAAGAACCAACCCAGGAUGAACGCUCCGAUGUACCCACACACGAGGCAGUUACUUCUGCCAAGGAAGUUCACCCCCUGGAAGCACUAUUCAAACGGGCCGGCCCGCUUGCAUCUGAUGUACCAGCUGCUCCAGAUGCCAGCGCCGGUUUUAGCUUCUUUGGGAAUGACGACAUCGAGUCUGAAGAGGAAGAGCCACGGGUCACCGAGCCCCAGACUCCAUACACCAAGAUGGAUCUCCAAGCACGAGGCUUACGGAGUGCGGCGCCAACACCAGACACGGCAAUGCUUGGUCGACGUAUGAAAUGGAACGACUUUGAUGAGAUGGAAGACGAGGACCAGGACGACGUCAACAAUACCCCUGUCGCCAAGACCCGGAAUUUGGAGGCUCCUCAAGAAGACACCGAGUUUGUGAAAUGGUUCUGGGAGAACCGUGGUGAGAAUAACCGGGCGUGGAAGAAGCGUCGGCGCGACGCCGCCAAGGAGCAGCGGCAGCGGGAGAACCGGAAGAAGGGGCUGAAGGGCAAGUCCUGA